CCCAAGAACAACCGGCUGGGCGGGCCCGGGUCGCUGCCCAAGGGGCUGGCGCAGGCCCCGCUCGGCCGCUCGCUGCGCGUCCUCAAUCUCAGCGGCAACCGCUUCGCCGAGCUGCCGCCCGCCCUGCUCGGCCUGCGCGGCCUGCAGCGCCUCAGUCUGGGCGGCAACCGUCUGCACAGCAUCCCGCCAGACAUCCAGGGCCUGCAGAGCUUGGAGUUUUUAUACCUUGGAGGGAAUUUCAUUACUUCAAUCCCACCUGAGUUAGCAAACCUGCCUUCACUAAGCUACCUGGUACUGUGUGACAACAAGAUCCAAAGUAUCCCGCCACAGCUGGCUCAGUUGCAUUCCCUACGUUCCCUUAGCCUCCACAACAACCUGUUGACAUACCUCCCCCGGGAGAUCCUCAACCUGGUUCACCUGGAAGAGCUGAGUUUGCGUGGGAACCCUUUGGUGGUUCGGUUUGUCCGUGACCUGACCUACAAUCCCCCAAGUCUCCAGGAACUGGCUGGGCGAACCAUUAAAGCCCGCAACGUUCCCUAUGGUCCCAGUGAUCUCCCUGAGAAUCUUCUCAAAUAUCUGAACCUGGCCAGCAACUGUCCCAAUCCCAAAUGUGGGGGUGUCUACUUCGACAGCUGCGUCCGACAAAUCAAGUUUGUUGACUUCUGUGGGAAGUACCGCCUCCCACUGAUGCACUACCUGUGCUCUCCAGAAUGCUCCUCCCCCUGCAGCUCUGCCUCUCAGAGCUCCACUUCUCAGAGCGAGUCUGAUUCAGAGGAUGAAGCCAUUGCUGCUGCACACAGGAUGCAGAAAGUUCUUCUUGGAUAAAAGGGAUUGAGGGAGAAAAGACUGGAAAAGAAACAUGUUAGAAAAGGAAUAAUGGAACUGCAAAGUCUGAGGGUCUUAUAGAAACUGCCGUCAAGUCACAUGGGGGCAGAACAUCAUCUAAGCAAAUGUAGGAUUGUUUGGUUCAAUGCUACUUAGAAGAACUAACUUAAUGAUGCACCUGCAUGUAGGAGUGUUCCAGAGCUAGUGGUUGGUACAAAGUCCACCACAAAGGUCUGCUUUCUGAGAGGUCUGCCUGAAAAGGGGAGAUGGGACCUGCUCUGGUUAGGAGGGUGGUUUAAAUGGGUUCUAAAGCAUGACACUUCACUGAACUGCUAAGCACCUUAUGAAGCAAAGGAGACUGCCCCAGGACAUAACACUGCAGUAAAUCAGAAAUGGCAUUACACCUAUAUUGUGAAUGUGUGUGGACUCAAGGCUGUUUGUCAGCAGAGGUUUUUUUCUUUGUAUCACGCUUUAGCACCCUGCUCUCUCCUUGAUUUCCAGUUACAUUUUCAGACAGCUCCCAAAGUAAGAAUUCUUUUUAUGGGGUGUGGAUUUUCUAAUCUCUGGUUACCCUUCCUUUGCUUCAGACUUGGGAUCUCCGUCCUGUUGUGGAUAUUACAGCCUUAGAACUGAGCCUUAUUUGGUAUUUAUCUGCCUUUUUAUACUGAGCUGCUGUUUGCAUCCUCUUUAAGUCCAUCCUGAUUCUCUAAUUGCAGCUGGUGCAUCUUGCCUCAAAAUAUAGACAAGUUGUCUCACUGAGACUUGAUGUCAGUUCAGUUUCAAAGCCAUGUGCCUCCAAGCAAAGGACCAAAUGUGUUGUCCAGUAAUGUGCUUUGAACUCUGAUUCUAGUGGGGCAAGUCUGCUCUUAAACCUCUGCAACUUGUAUGGGCAACUCUUGAUUAAUCUUUCUGUUUAAUCAAGACCUGGAUGGCUAAGAUAGUGCCUGUUGGUGGCAGCAGUCCCUCGAUACGAGGAUGCCAGUCUUCCAGUAGAUAGGAAAGUGGUUUUAGUUAAAUAAGAGCUACUUGUUGCAUGGCUUUUUGUAAACUUUAUUUUUCCUCCCAAAGGUACUGCUUCCUUAAAUUGAAAGUACAGAAUAGGACAAUGCCAAGAGCACUGUGUUCUUCCACCUUUCUGGUAUGAAAAGAAGAGCUAGUGGGAAGAAACAGAAGACAAGGUGCUUGAGCUGGCUGUGCAGGCAUCAAGUUGAUGGUGCAGGCUCUUGUGUAUUUCUUAGUUUACAUUCAUUGCAAUGUUUAAAAGUUUAUGCAAUGUGGUGGAUUGUUCAGCUAGUACACUGAGUUUUCUCAAACUGUAUUUAAAGGAAAAAUGCAGAGAAUGGUUAUAAUACUAUAGCUAAACAUUGAGAAAUAACUUUAUUUCUAAACAGUGUGAAACUGACAGGGAUUUCUAAGUCUCCCUAUGGGGUGAUGCAUUUCCCACAAGGAGAGCUGCCAUUUUAUUGAUACUUCCCAAAAAGCUGUCUUUGUGAGGUAGCUUGAAAUGCAACAAAUCCAGCUCUGCAUUUGAAUAUAGGAGCAAAGCAGGUUAUUUGCUGGUCUAUGCAAAACAAACCAGUACAGUUUUUUUUUUUAAACCCUACUUCCAAACAACUUGUAUGCUCCUCAGGCUUUCAGAAAAUUAAUCUAGCUGUUUGAGUGCAUCUUUGGCAGCUCUUUGUUAAUUGUUCUGUUUAACUGUUUGAUACUUUAUUAAAGCACUUUCAUAAUUUACUUUUUGUAAUUAACUUUAGUGAGAAGAAACACACUCUAGACCAGUUGUUCUCAACCUUUUUUGUACCAGGACCCAUUUGUAAACAUCGAUGGCCAGUCCUGACCCAGUGCCCCUCACUCCCAACCCACUGCCUCCACCCCCAGAGAGAGAGAGAGAGAGUGUGUGU